AUGACCGAGAACUUCGGAUCGAGUGAUUAUUCCGACAAAUCUCCGCCUCACGCAAGUCCAGCCAACGACAGGACGUGUGAAAAUGGUGGUGAUGCACCUUUACAUCACCACGAGCAAAAGUACUCAAGGGGUCGGGGUUACACUGGUGUCAGCGCUCAUGCUGGCACCAAUCAAGAGGCCAGGGACCGCAAUGUCCUGCGCCACGCUCCUCAAGUGGAGUCUCCGUGGAUGCCUUCAUCCAGAGAGUUGAACUGGUUGGCCGGCAUGACUAAGGAACGGGAUCGAAUGCCGUUGUUCGAUUGCAGGAAAAUUUUCCCACCUGAUUCCAGCACGGAAACUAUCCGUGCUAAGGAAGAGCUCUUCACCGAUGCGUUCUUUAAACAUCGGUGGUACAAUGGCAGCCAUGUUCGAGACGGCAAAGCCUUGGUGCAGGGAUGGAAUGACCUUAUCCACAACAUCAAGUGUAUUGUCCAUGAGGCCUGGAUCGCCAAACUUGAUGCAGCUCGCAUCAGAUUUGAGAAACGCAACCCCGUCGGUGCGCGAUACAAGUUGCACCGGCUUUCAAGAGAGGCAGGAUUACCCUGUCUCUCGUGGGGUGAUUCGUGUCCAGAUUGCCUGGACAACUCGAACUUUUCCCCUAGGGAGGCCUAA